GGAGGCCGCGUCUCCGCGGGUGACCCUCCUCGGCCUUAGCCAUGGCCCAGGAGACUGAAAACUUCGACCCCAUCGGCUCCAUCUUACUCCAGGUCCAAGAUGACCUUCAGGAAUUAAAGGAGAAACUAACAAAAUUCCCAUGUGAAGAAGAAGGAAAGACGCUAGAUAUUCAGAAUCUUGAAGCAGCGAUCCGAAGGACGGAAAUGGGAUUAAAAAUCCACCUUCGGAAGUAUUUAGAUGUUGUAAACCAUCAUGUGUUAAUGACUACUGUUGAUGAGAGUUUAUAUUCUCCUGAAGCAUCAAAAUGGUUGUUUCCAACUGUAAUUGACCAGAAGUCAUUUGUUUUUCCCUUGGAACCUGAGACAAAACUUUGGCGACUCCCAAAGCAGCACUCCUCACUUCCACGGGCCUUCCCAAGAGUAAAGGUAAAUGUUCAGAAGUUAAUAAAAGGGUCCACCAUCUCCAACCUCACCGUCCUGCCGUCUUCCUACCGCACAGACCCCCACUUCGUCCCCGUGCCAGUCUUACAGAAGGACGCCAGUAAAGGGAUUUUAAGUAUGAUAGAACGAGGACUGAUUCCCCCAACAGCAAGGAUUACCUUUCAGAAUCCACCCAUCGCACCCAGAGCAGCUCCUCUGCAUAGCUUUGAUGAAGCGCAGAAGACUCCAGCUGCAAUGCCCAUCACCAUACCUCAGAAACCACUGCUGGUUCCAGCUGAAGAACAGAGGCCUCAGAAGCAAAAAUCAAAGGGCAGAGGCAGAAGGACAAGAGGACAAUAUGAUGGGAAGACCGUGAAAAUUACAGCCUCCAGAGUCCCCAAACGAUCGUGGGAUUAUGACUUCACUAUUUAUGAUGGUAUCAUAGACCAGACAGCCCCAGACUUCUUGGCAUUCAAGGAGCAUUUUAGCUUAACUUGGGGGAGCAUUUUUUCUCUCUUAGAACAAAUUGAGAAGUUUCUCAGGGACUAUGCAAUACCAGAAGUCAAAAUAAAAGGAAGGAGCCUGAUGGCCUUCCUUCCAGAGUUCGAGCUGACCAGUAAACUUACCCGAGCCGACCUUCUCUCCGUGUUGGAGGACCCGCUUCACGUGCAGAUGCUGUUGAACCUCCCAGGACAGCGGUACAAGGGCCAAGGUGGACAGUCCGAGGCUGCCAGCAAGAUCCAAGCCACGUGGAAGUGCUUCCGGGCCAGAAAGCUCUUCCUCACUUACCGCCAGCAGAAGUGGGCGUCGGGCGUGAUUGCCAUCACCUGGCUGUUGCAUUGCCACAAGAGGCGGCUGAAGAAGGUCCUGAAGGAAUCGCGGCAGAGACACCUGGAGAAUUUCCGCAUCCGAGCCAAGCAUCUGGCAGCCAACUGGAAUCGCAUCAGGACCUCCAGGAGGACUAUUAUCCAUAUCCCAUCAUUAGGAUAUCCCAAGCCUGUGCGAGAACAUAUCGGUGAUCUCGGCACACAGCAGAAUAUGCAGCUGGGGAGGCUGUGUGACAUCUUAGAUGACAAUGUGAACAUCAUCUACAUCUGCUCCUAUCAUAUGAAUGACGACUUAAUGCUGUAUUACCAUAAAAUCCUCAGUCUACACGCAGCUGUCAAAUCGGGGAACCUUGAGGACAGAAGUGACCUGCAGCACAGGUUCAAAAUUAUCACCCCUGAAGCUGUAAACAUCUUCACUACUCACCACAUGUGCCUGGCUACUCACCUGAUGUACAGUCCCAAGGCAAUCAAAAGAAUAAAAAACCUCAUCCAAGGCACAGAGGCCUACAUCGUGGGCGGACUCCUCCACAGGGAUGACUUAGCCGUGGCUGAUAUGUUAGAUGUGCCUAUCCUGGGCUCAGAGCCUGAACUGGUUCAUCUCUAUAGUGCCAAGUCUGGAAGCAAACGGGUCUUCAGCAGCGCCAACGUGCCGGUCCCCCCUGGAAUAUAUGACAUCUGUGGUUAUCAGCAGAUGACAGAGCAGCUGAGCCAGGCGGUGGUCGACCACCUGCAAAUCCAGCGCUGGCUCUUUAAAAUGAACUUGGAGUUCGGAGGAAACGGGACUGCCUUUUGUGACAUUCCCUCACACCUGCAGUGCUACAAGUGGGUGGUCAAGGAGAGCCAGCGAUAUGGCUUCGAGGACUGGAAGAAGAAGUGGGCACACGAGCCGGCUUUGGUGAAGAUCUCCGAGGAGCUGGCGGGCAUUUUAGCACAGCACGCGCAGCCAGUCAAUGAGAAACGGUUCCCAACGUGGAGGAAAUUCCUCCAAACAUUUCUCAGUCAAGGGGGCGUGAUCGAGGCCUUCCCGCCAGCAGACAGUGUCACCAACCUGACUGUAGAUAUGCUCAUCGAGCCCAAUGGAGAGAUCAAGGUGCUAUCAACAGGGGAUCAGUUUCAUGCCGAAGGCCCCUUCAUUUCUUCUGGUACCACCGUGCCUCAGACCUCGGUGGACCCCCAGGUUCUCAGUUCUCUGUGCUUCCGAAUUGGAAAGGCCUGCCAAGUGAGAGAUGUGGUUGGUUACUUUUCUAUAGACCUGGUGACUUUCAUUGAUCCAAAGACCUUGAAACAGCAGGUGUGGGCAACAGGCCUCAGUCUCUCAUAUAGUGACCAGCUGGCUCUGACUCAGCUCACCCUCUACCUGACAAAUGGCCAUCUGGACUGCAGCUUGAGCACCCUCGAAGUGCCCCGCUUUGUCCCAAAGAAAGAAACAAAACCAAAGCGCCAUAGCGCCCUGUCGGUGCCGUCACAGGAGACCAGCCGCUAUGCAGUGAUGACCACCCAGAUGAAGCAUACCAAUCUCUCGCUGAUUUUCCACCAUGUUUUCCUCCAAAUGUGUAAGGCACAUGGCAUUGGCUAUGACCUUGAGGACAGACAAGGAACUGUUUUUAUAUUAUAUGAGCACCUGAAGAGAGACAAGCUGGGCAUGUUAACAAUCGGUGUGGAUCUCCAGGGGGUCCUCAUGACCUUUGCUCGCAAUCUCUUCAUCAUCCAUCAAGAAAUAUCAGCACCUAAUAUGCAAGGCGAGACCAAUUUUAAGACCACCAUUGAUGAUAUUGAAGGCAUUCUAGGAGUAACAAGGGAAAACAAAAUGAGAUUUGAAGAGGAACUACAGUCCAGAGAUGAUGAAGACAUCGCCACGGCUCACAAGUGA